GUUUGAUAUUCUAAGAUAUCAAAAUGAGCCACAUUGUCGAUCUCAAUUGCUAUUUGAUGCAAGUUCCUGGCGGAACUUCAAUGUGUGCGUUAUGGAUGAUCCUGACUCUUUGAAAAGUGUCAACUGGAAUGCACGUAGACAUUCAGUUGCUAAUCGUCGUCACGUUGAACUCGUCGGGUUCUCAGAUACAUUGUCAAAAAUGUACCAUGGCGUGCUUCAUUGCGUUAUGGAACUGUACCGAGAUGACAGAGACUGCCAAAUUUCUUGGCAGCAUUUCAGGAACGCCGCUGAUAAAUUGGCGGAAAUGCACAAAUAUGUGAAGCUAUCUAUACUGAAAGUGUAUGAACUUGGGAUUGUUGAGGGAGCUGCUUCUUUCUCCUCCGAUUUCUUCGACAAAAUCAGGGAUAUGCCAUUGCAAAAUGGAAAUAGGAAUAUCCCAUUCGACUGCGUUCAGCAUUACCUCUCCAGGCCAGAUGACCCACCUCCAAAGUCUUUACGACGUAUCAAACGUGUAGCUGUUCGUCGACGCUCACGGCAUUUACGUAAUGUAGGAGAAAUAAUUGAACACCAUCUGCAUCCAAACAGUGUUACUUCUAAACAGACUGAAUCUGGUUCAUCUUCCUAUGCACAUCAACCUUCAACAUUGGAGUGGGAUGCAAGAAAACAUUCUAAUUGGACCGUUAUACAAAAAACCUCAUCGUGUAUGUCCCUUGAUACAGAAAUCGAUUGUCCUAGUGAGGACAGUGGAACGUCUCUGAGUAGUUGCACUUGCGAUGAUUAUUUAACCGAUACUUCGAAUUCAACUAAUGAAGAGGAUGAUUAAGACCACCUUAUAACUGUGGUAUUUCAACGAUUUUUGAUCAUUUAAUGUUUCACUUGGUCUCUACUAAGUUUUCCUUUUCCCCUGUAUUUAAUAAUCCUCAUGGCUGAGACAUAGUCUUGUGAAUUGUCUGCACAGAUGAAAUAUGUCUAAGUGUUAUUGUCAGUUUGUUUGCUUCUACCUAAAUCUCCUUCAUUAGGUCUUUAGCAAUAGCUUUUUAAAUCUUUAUUUUAGCUUUGGUUAUGUGUUUGUUGUCCUUGGUGUGAGUUCAUACAAGUUUCUAUUUAAAUUUAGUUUUCAAAUAUACAUGAAGUAUUUUGGUUUACUUAAUUAAGACUGACCUUUGUCACAUGUCAUUCUAUCUUAAAGGUUAUUUUUUUAAACAAACUACUACCAUUAGUACAUGUGAACGCAAAACCCACCAAAUCUGAUCCAAUAUUUUGUCAUACUAUUUAUAACCACUUGUGUCAAUUGAUCCUUUCCUUCCAGUUUUUAUUUUCAACUAAUCAGUAAUUCUCUGAUGUAUAUCUUAUAUAUGUGUACAUUGUGAUAUUCUCUCCAAGAUUCACUUUCUUUGUUCGCACAUAUAUGUAAAAUGUCUUAUUAAUGAGAAAAUCUUGUCAGUCAUUGAUAUUUAACAAUAAAUGCAUUCUGACAUAAUACCAUUAUAAAUGUUUACUUUGUGCAGAGAACUUCUUUUGUAUGCGUCUAACUGAUUUGGUACUCAGUAGAGAAAAUCACUCAACAGGGAGUGAUAGAAACAAUAAUCACGGAUUAAAUGUGAAAAAUUCAGUAAGAAAUUGUAGUAGGAGGAUUGCUAACUGAACUCUUCACGUUCUUGGGAGAUUUAUAAUUUGAGCGAUGGAUACGGAAUAAAUACAAAGGAAAAUACCUUAAGUACACAAGUCAAAUUAAGUCAUUAUAUUUCAGGCGACUUAUUUUAUUGGCCAAUGCAAGAAAGCUGGUUGAGCAUCACUUCUUUUCAUAUGGGUCCGGUUUCUAGAACAGAACAACUAUUGCUUCUACCGCUUGAGAAACUUUGAGUCUGACAUUUUGGGAGAUAACUAG